AUGCUUAUGCGUUUCCCGUCCUCCUUUUCCCUCCGGAAUAUGCAGAGUGCAAUGAAGCUUCUGGCGGGGUCACGCUUGGAUUACGAUCCUCCUGACUUGUUGCAAUCAAGUUUCCAUAUUUCGAAACCCAUUGUUGCGGCUGGUAGCAAGCUCAUUUCCUUACCUGGAUGCGCGAGGUUUAUGCGGACUUCGUGCCGUGUCACUGUCCCUGGGACCUCGUCUGCAACUCUUGAAAACCAGAACCCACCUAACUUUUUGAGGAACAAGAAGACGGUUCCUGAUUCUGAUCCUCCCAGCGCUCGAGAUGUCGAUCUGUUGUAUCAGUUCUUUGACCAAAGCAAGAAACUUAUGGUGCUGACUGGGGCUGGAAUGAGCACCGAGUGUGGAAUUCCUGAUUACCGAAGUCCAAAUGGAGCUUACAGUUCUGGAUUCAGACCAAUUACCCAUCAGGAGUUUGUUCGUUCAAGUCGGGCUCGUAGGCGAUAUUGGGCCAGGAGCUAUGCCGGUUGGAGACAGUUUACUGCAGCGCAGCCUAGUGCUGCUCAUUUUGCUUUAUCGUCAUUGGAGAAGGCUGGCAGAAUAAAUUUCAUGGUCACACAAAAUGUUGAUAGACUGCAUCAUCGUGCUGGGAGCAGCCCAUUGGAAAUACAUGGCACAGUGUAUUCUGUGAUCUGUCUAGAUUGUGGCUUUUCAUUUGGCCGAGAGCUAUUUCAGGAACAGUUGAAGGAUCUCAAUCCAAAGUGGGCCGAAGCAAUUGAAAGUUUGGACAGUGGUGCUCCUGGAUCAGAUAAGAGCUUUGGCAUGAAACAGAGACCUGAUGGUGAUAUUGAGAUUGAUGAGAAAUUUUGGGAGCAGGAUUUCCAUAUCCCGACAUGCCAGAAUUGCAAUGGAGUCCUAAAGCCUGAUGUCGUUUUCUUUGGUGACAAUGUACCAAAGGAAAGAGCAGAGAAAGCAAUGACAGCUGCAAAGGAGUGUGAUGCUUUCCUGGUUCUAGGAUCAUCGAUAAUGACAAUGUCAGCUUUCCGACUUAUCAAAGCUGCACAUGAGGAGGGUGCUGCUACAGCAGUCGUGAACUUGGGUGUGACACGAGCUGAUGAUUUUGUGCCCUUGAAGAUAAAAGCUCGAUUAGGGGAGAUCCUACCCAGAGUGCUUGACAUUGGAUCACUCAGCAUUCCUUCCCUCUAG